AGGUAUCCUCUAAAGAAGGUUAUAUUCUUUCAAAAUAUUUUGUUAAAUGUAUAACCUUUUCUGUGCAUUUUUAUGUAGUUUAAUGUGAUAUAUUUUCGUUAAGUCCUCAAACGGGCUAAUUCCGUAUCUAUUAGUCUUGAUUUUAAAAUGUCUGGGACGAAUAAUACUCCUAGUAUUGACACAAGAGCAGAACUGGCAGAAUUGGUCAAAAGAAAGGCUGAAAUUGCAGAAACAUUAGCAAACCUAGAACGACAGAUUUAUGCCUUUGAAGGCAGUUACUUGGAGGACACACAAUUGUAUGGCAAUAUUAUUAGGGGCUGGGAUCGGUAUCUUACCAGCAAUAAGUUAACCAAUAGUAAAGCAGAUAAGAGAAACCUUAAAUUUAAAGAAGCUGAAAGAUUGUUUUCUAAAUCAUCUAUCACUUCAAUGGCUGCAGUAAGUGGUCUGGUUGAUAACCAAGAAAAAGGAGAGAUAAAUAGUGAAAGCGAAUCACAAACAGGAAACAGCGGAAGCGAAGAAAAUCUUACAUUAAAAGAAUCUGGUAAGAAUCAUUCUUCCCACAAUGGCAACAGUUUUGGAUCUCAUAACGGCAAUAUAGAAAGGCCACUUUCACCCAAUAAAGAUCAGAAAAGUAAUCGCUCAACUACUUUUAAGAAAAAUCUCAGCAAAAAAAUAAAACAUCGAUAGCCAGACCUUCAUGUCAUCUUAUCAAUGAUAAGAUCAAAGCGCAGGAAGUUAUUUAAGUAUUAUUAAAUUAUUUCUACAGAUUUCAAAAGAUAAAGUAAAAUUGUUGAAGCACAGGUCAAAUAAGAAAAAAAAAGACUUUAACUUAUAAUUUUGUAAUUUGUACCCUACAAUUAUUCAGCAAUAUUAACAAGAGCAUAAAAUACCAAAAAGAAGUAAAUUGAAUUUGUGCUGUGAAAAGAAAUAUGUUAAAAUAUUUUUAAUAAUGAAUUUCUUUUUAAUUUAUAGGUUUAAAAGCUUGUUUAAAUGGAAUUAUCAUUUCUUGUUAUAUAAGAAUUCAAAAUGGAAAUAAAUUAAAUGAGAAUAAUAUUUUAAAAAGGGAUUUUAUUAUUAAAAUAAUUAGUCUAAUAAUGAAAAAAUAUAAGCUGUAAUCUUCGAUCAUAUAGAUGGUCUUAAUACAAAAUUGUGGUGGUCUUAGUGCAAAUUGUAUAAAAUGAAUACUAUGUAUUCGUUCACCCUAAGGCAUAACUUAAAAACAUGAUGUUUUUGAAAAGUAGAUUAUGAACUUAAUGAAGCUAAACUUGAUUUUUACUGAUAAUUAUUUU